AUGAGCCUGCAAAGCCCUCAUCCUGGCGACGGUGGCUGCCCUGGAUCUUCCAGGCCGCGUCCGCCGCCCAACAUUGCCGCCCGCAACGGCGCCACCGCCCGCAAAGACGCAGCCGACAAGUCUCAUGAGCUUCCAGACAACCAACUAGGACGCUGCAGGUGGCUCGAGGGUGAACGCGAAAGUCUCCAUCGGAAGAUCCAAAACUACGCUUGCGAGGCGGGCCGCCUAUGCAACAUCGCUGAGAAUCGCGGCAAGACGGUGAGCAGCAUCUCACUAGACAACAUCCGCCCGUUCGUUCGUGCCUUACGCCAGCUGGCCAUGCUCAACAAGCUUAUCGGCAAAUGCAAAAACAACAACAGCCUCUUGAUGGGAGAUCUCACGCGCUGGCGUGAGCACUAUCGUCGGGACACGAACGCCCAAGACCUUCUCGGCAUGGAUUCGCCUGUAAGAAUCAUGAAGAACUAUGCUAACAUGCUUUCAGAUGCUGCUUACUCCAUCUGGCACCGGAGGCAGCCUAACGAAUGGCCCUCGAUCGCCCUUGCCCUUCGCGGCAUGGUCCGCGAGGCCGCCGCCCAGAACUAG